CAUUCGACACACUGCCAGGAUAUUCUGCCUUUCCUUCUUCCCUGUCUUCUGUACCUCCCAAAAUUUCCCCCCCUCCUGUCCCCUCUUCGCCCCCUUCCUUUGGGGGCCCCGUGACCCUGAAUGUGGGGGGCACGUUAUACUCCACCACUCUGGAGACCCUGACCCGCUUCCCAGACUCCAUGCUGGGGGCAAUGUUUAGAGCUGACACCCCCGUGCCUCCCAAUGUGAACCCCCAAGGAGGCGGCCAAUACUUCAUUGACAGGGAUGGCAAGGCCUUCCGGCACAUCCUCAAUUUCCUGCGGCUGGGCCGACUGGACCUGCCCCGUGGGUAUGGAGAGACCGCCCUUCUGAGGGCUGAGGCUGACUUCUACCAGAUCCAGCCCCUCCUGGAUGCCCUUCGGGAGCUAGAGGCCUCGCAAGGAUCGCCUGCACCCACGGCCGCCCUGCUCCACGCAGAUGUAGACGUCAGCCCCCGCCUGGUGCACUUCUCCGCUCGCCAGGGCCCACACCACUACGAACUGAGCUCCGUCCAGGUGGACACCUUCCGCGCCAACCUCUUCUGCACUGACGCUGAGUGUCUGAGCGCCCUGAGGACCCGAUUUGGUGUGGCCAAUGGAGACAGGGCGGAAGGAGGCCCACAUUUUCAUCUAGAGUGGGCCCCCCGUCCGGCAGAACUCCCAGAAGGAGAGUACGGGAGACUGGGGCUGCAACCCUUGUGGGCUGGGGGACCAGGAGAUCGUCGUCGGGAAGUGGUAGGCACACCAGGCUUCCUGGAGGAGGUGCUGCGAGUGGCUUUGGAGCAUGGCUUCCGCCUGGACUCUGUCUUCCCAGACCCUGAAGACCUACUCAACUCCAGAUCUUUGCGUUUUGUUCGCCACUGAGGGUGUUGCCCUCCCGUUUUGAUUGUGGGGAAGACAGGGCAUGGGAGAAAGAAGGAAGCCCCUUUCUAGCUCGGGUGUGGGAGCUGUGAAAGUCAGGAGUCCCACUGCACCUGACAGGAGCACAAAUGGGGUGGGGAUUCCCGAACCCGAGCCUAUGAAAGCGCGCAGUGAUGGUUCAGGGAUCUGGAUUGGUGCUUAUCUUGGGGGAUGAAGGCACCAAAGGUUCUCUGGCUUGUUUGUGGCCAGAGAUGGGACCUCUGGUAAUCUCCUUGGUUGAAGAUCAGUAUUCAGGGGAUCUAGAAAAGUGAGGUACACCUCUGCCCAAACGAAGCUCAGCAGAACCUAGGAGGGAAAGUGAGGUCUGAGGGAGAGGGAAAACUGCAUUCUUCUAUUUGGUCUCCUUGACUGUGGCUUCCUUUCCAGGGCUGGGCAGGCUGGCCAAAGAGAGACCAAAACACUCUGGAACAUAAGAAGGUGGAGUUCUUUGCUGUGUACCGAGCUACUUAUAGACAGGCCUCACUCCACCCAGGUUGAUAUCAGGAGUUAGGAGAAUCCCCAUUGAGCAAGGGGGCUGGAACACUUCUCUGAAAUUCCAAGACGAGCCAAAGGAUCCUCUCUCGUAGGUGGAGCUGGCCAUAGGAAGGAAGCCUGUAUCUUUUUGUGUCCUGGUCUUAUUUCCUUUAUGUGUAUGUUAUGGUGUCAGCCAAUGUGUGUGACUGAUGCGUGGGUCCCUGGCAUCCUGGAUCACAUCUGUGUUGCUGACUCCUGUGUCUACGUGAUGGUCCUUCUGUGGUUUCUGCACGUCCAGGCCUGUGUGGGGUUGCCCAGAAACUCUUUUGGCACAGGCAUAUCUGUGGUAUGUCUGUGAAUAGAUGGAGAUUUAGUUUAAUCACAGGGUGUGUGUGUGUGUGUAUUUGUGUAUGUGUGCAUUUAUGUGCCCACAUGACCACGUAGGCAGGAGGGGCCUGUCUGGGUUUGAGUCACUAGGAUCUUCCUGGGAGAGGUAAUGGAAGUCACUGGGCUUAGCUGGGCCUCCGAGACCUGUAGGGAACUCUUGGUUGCCGAGGCAACCAUUGGCCUGUUGCUAGGAGAUAGUCAGGGAAGGCCCAAGGCUGCCCUAGGCAGAGAGUAGAGAUGAAGAGUUUAGGAGAGUGGGGGAGGAUAUGGGAAGUGAUGGGAUUUCUGGGACCCUGAUUGGCUGGGAUAAACAUGUAUGACUUCUACACUAGGGGGAAUUGCUCAUUAUUUAUCACUGAUGACUUACAAGAAGAAAAAUAAAA